AUAUGAACGAAGUGAAGAACGCGUUUGUGAUUAAAUUACGAAAUUAUCCAAAGCUAGCAGUGUCCGGCUUGAAACGUAACUUUUAAAUUGUUUAAUAAUAUUAUAUUAUAAUGGAAGUAUCAGAUGAGAAUUUAGCUACUCUAGUGAGUUACUUAGAAAAAACUCUGAAUCCAGACCCCAAUAUCAGAAGACCCGCUGAGAAAUUCUUAGAAGGUGUUGAAUCAAACCAAAAUUAUGGAAUAUUGCUUCUUCAUCUCAUUGACAAUGAUAAUGUAGAUAUGGUAAUUAAAGUCACCGCAUCUAUAAUCUUCAAGAACUACAUAAAACGAAAUUGGCCAGUGGACGAAGAUGGCGUUGAUCGCAUGCAUGCUUCAGACAGAGCUACCAUUAAAUCACUUAUAGUAAGAUUGAUGCUCAAGAGCCCGGAAGCGGUUCAAAGGCAAUUCAGCGAUGCAGUCUCUAUAAUUGGCAAGCAUGACUUCCCGGAGAAGUGGCCAGGACUGAUCAAUGAGAUGGUAGAGAAAUUUGCUUCUGGUGAUUUUCAUCUAAUAAAUGGCGUGUUAAGGACAGCCCAUUCGUUAUUCAAGAGGUAUAGAUAUGAAUUUAAAUCACAAAAACUGUGGGAAGAAAUCAAACAUGUUCUCGAUAACAUCGCAAAACCUUUGACGGAUUUAUUUGUGGCGUUAAUAGACUUGGCGAAGAAAAAUAAUAAUGUGCCACAUGCAUUGAAGAUCAUCUACAACUCCCUCGUGUUAACAUGCAAGGUGUUCUACUCCCUCAACUACCAGGAUCUGCCAGAGUUCUUCGAGGACAAUAUGCCAGUAUGGAUGCCAAAUCUCCUCAACCUACUUCAAGAGAAAGUACCAUGUUUGGAGACAAGUGACGAUACCGACAAGCCUGGCGUUAUGGAGGAACUUCGUACGGAAAUUUGUAACUGUGCAGCUCUAUACGCUCUCAAGUACGAAGAGGAGUUCUCUCCGUACGCUCCAGCUUUCGUGACUGCUGUGUGGAAUGUCUUACUGAACACAGAUUCGAAGUUACGAUUCGAUGCGUUAGUGUCGAACGCACUUACAUUCCUCGCUAAAGUAGCGGAGAAAAAUAGUUACAAGAAUCUCUUCGAAGAUCCCGCCACGCUUAGCAGUAUUUGCGAGAAAGUUGUCAUACCCAACAUGCAGCUACGAGAGUCCGAUUUGGAGCUGUUCGAGGAUAAUCCGGAGGAAUACGUAAGCCGUGAUAUCGAAGGUUCCGACGUGGAUACCAGACGGAGAGCGGCCUGUGACCUAGUGCGGACCCUCGCGUUACAUUACGAAGAUAAGAUGAUGAGCAUAUUCGGCCAAUAUGUUGAGGUUAUGCUACAAAAGUAUUCAGAGAGCGGUGGCAGUGCUUGGAUUGGCAAAGACACAGCACUUUUCCUGGUCACAUCACUGGCAAGUCGUGGCGGGACACAAGCAGCGGGAGUGACUAAGGCUUCUCCUCUAGUGGACCUGACUUCAUUUGCUGCCAAUCACGUCUUGCCUGAGCUGCAACGCCCUAACGUGGAAGAGUUGCCAGUAUUGAAAGCAGACGCCAUCAAGUACAUAAUGACUUUCCGGUCUCUGCUACCGAAGGAACUCAUAAUGCAAGCCUUUCCGUUAUUGAUCAACCACAUCGCGGGCAGCGGCGUGGUGUGCACGUACGGCGCGUGCGCGGCGGAGAAGCUGGUCGCGGGCGGCAUGCUGCCCCGCGCCGCGCUGCGCCCGCACGCGCCGCGCCUGCUGGCCGCGCUGCUGGCCGCGCUCGCCGGGCCCGCCGGCCGCGCGCUGCCCGCCGACCACAACGAGUACGUCAUGAAGGCGGUUCUUCGUACAUUGGCAUGCUUGCGGGAGGACGCUUUGCCGUACUUGGGUGAAGCGCUACCGAAGUUGGCUAGUAUGCUGGCUGUCGUCUCCAAGAACCCCUGCAAGCCGCAUUUCAACCAUUACCUAUUUGAGAGCCUUUCACUUGCUAUACAGUUGGUGGUGAAAUCCAACCCGAAAGCCAUAACAGCUUUUGAAGACGCACUGUUUCCCAUAUUCCAAGACAUCCUACAAAAUGAUGUACAGGAGUUCAUGCCGUACGUAUUCCAAAUGCUGUCGCUGCUGCUGGAGCUGCGCGGCAGCGGCGGGGCCGGCUCCGCCCCGGAGCUGUACGCGGCGCUGCUGCCGUGCCUGCUGGCGCCGCCGCUGUGGGAGCGCCCCGCCAACGUGCGCCCGCUCGUGCGCCUGCUCUGCGCCUUCGUGCUCGCCCGCGACGACCUCGUGCUCAGCUCGGGCAAGCUGAAUGCGAUGCUGGGAGUGUUCCAGAAAUUAAUUGCUUCAAAGACGAACGACCAUGAGGGAUUCUAUCUCAUACAAACAAUGUUAUUCAAAUUUGGACAGUCAGUGAUGCAGCAAUACACGAAGCAAAUAAUAACGCUACUCUUCCAACGGCUCUCCUCGUCGAAAACAACGAAAUACGUCAAAGGACUGAUCGCAUUUCUGGGCUUCUACGCGGCGCAGUUCGGAGCCGACGAACUCAUCGAGGUAGUGGACUCCGUACAGGCUAACAUGUUCGCGCUGUACGUGCAGCGCGUGCUGGUGCCAGACGUGCGGCGCGUGUGCGGCGCGCUGGAGCGCAAGGCGGCGGCGGUGGGCUGCGUGCGCCUGCUGUGCCACAGCGCGCGCUUCCGCGCUGACCUGGCGCCGCUGUGGCCCGCCGUGCUGCAGGCACUUAUAUCGCUAUUCGAGUUACCGCCAGACGAGAGCACAUUGCCCGACGACCACUUCAUAGAGGUGGACGACACGCCCGGUUACCAGCCGCAGUACGCACAACUCACUUGCGCCAAGUCCGCCGCAGACGACCCACUCGCCGGUAUCGAUGAUCCCAAGCGCUACCUCGCGGAGAGCCUGGCGGAGCUGUCUCGCACGCAGCCCGGCCUGCUGCCGCCGCUGCUGAGCGCGCUCGACGAGCCGCACCGCGCCGCGCUGCAGGCCUGUCUCGCCGCCUACAGCGUGCACGUCUGCUGAGCCGCCGCCCACUGACACUGACACGCUCGUGUAGACAUCCACGUAGGGUAGGUAGGGGCAAAAUGGCACAACGUAGAAGUUGUCGGAGCAAGAACUUCGAUGGAAAUUACUGCCUAUAUUUCACUCAGAUUUAAAAUAUUAGGUAGAAUGUACAUAAACGCUGGGUAUACCAUAUACCAUAUAAAAUUAGACUAGACUAUUUAUAUUCUGGUACAUUCUUAAACGAAACAGAUAAAUUUGAAAUCUAGUCUUGAAGUAUAUAAACUUCACGCUGCUGAGGGGUGCUAUUUUGUCUCCUACCUAAUCGAUAGCCACUAUAUUAUAUAAUUAUAUCGGCCCUAUUCGUCUAUUGGCAUAAAUGCGACGAGAACUAUGUAUGUACUGAAAUACCGAACGGACGUGUGAUUUAAUUUUUGUAAUGCAUUUUAUGUUUUUCAUUAACCAAUUAAAUUGAUAGAAUGUUAACAAUAAUAAUUGUUUCAAAAUACUACAAGUAUCUUUAUAUGUAUAAAUUAAGUAUUUCUUCAAACGCAUUUUAUUAAUUUUGUCAUCUAAAUUUAAAUUUGUGUGUUGUUUUAAUACAUAAUUUGGACAGUAAUUAAUUUGCUGAAUGAAGAUUUAUUUGAGUCUCAUUUGCAUCCCUUAUAUAUAUGUAUAUUUUACAUUCAUUUGCUUAUAGUAUAAUGUAUAUAUCCUCAACCUAAAUUACUAACAACCCCUUUUUGUAUUGGUAAUUCUAAAUCCGCAGCCAUUUUUAGUUUCGUUACGUUCAAUUUUACGUAAUAUACCGUGUAAAUAGUGGCAUGAAAUGAGGACUGAAUAAAAACCUUUUCUAUUGUAUAAGUGUAAUGUUAAUAAGUAGCUUAUGUUUUGAAUAAAUGUUGUGAUAAAAUCUUGAUUAGGUGAUCAUCAAGACGCUGAGCGUCCUUUCUCGAUACAUUAACGAUAAAUUCGGUUUUUAAAUUUUCCUAAAAAAUAUUAGAUGUAUUUUUCUAAGAUUUUCAUAUUGGUUUUUAGUAUAGACUUCUACAGUACAUGAGUAUUCUUUUGUUAGUUAUCAGCGAUGUCUAUUAAUAUUGUAUUAGAAAUCACUUUACAGGAAAUUUGAAACUAAAUUAUGAUUUUAUGAAUAAAUACAUGUUUCAUAUUA